AUGACAAUCAGAACAAAAACCAUACAAUGGAAUGAAUCAAGAACAAGCUGUUCACCAUACAACACUAAUUUCUGGUUACCAUUUAUCUGCGGCAAAAAACCAUGUAUCAUCGGAAAAACUAAGAGAACUUCAUUGCAUUCGCUUUCACUCGUCUUCAAUGCUUCACAAUACUUUGGAAUGGAAGAGUCCAAUGUAAAUUUUAAAUGUUCAUCGAAAUUACAGUUUCAAGGCAACUGUUUUCAUACUAAUAAUGUUGCGAACAUUACAUUACCUGAGCAAAAAACCACGUUACUGAAGAGUUUAGAAUAAUCUUGGGUCGCACUUAAGGAGGAAACUAUGCGCUGUGAAGCCCACCAUACUCAGCGAAAGGCACUAAGUACUCUCGAUCUGCCUUUCUCGGUUCUACUUACAUCCAAUUUUACCCCAGUCUGUGGAACUCUGGUUAAUUUCUUCGACUCUUACAAUUUGAUUCUCUCUGAAUACUUUUUACUGACCUCUCCCUGAUUUGUGCUGCGCAUGCUACUAAAUGAACUAUGAAUUACAUGCUUAUAUAGUCACUAUAGAUAGACAUGUGUGGGCAUGCCAAUCAACUGGCCUUGAAUGGUUAUUUUAGACCACGACGUCUAGAAAGUAGAAAAUAACUCAAGCAUGGCGAAUCUAUUACGCGGGUCGCUUACACGCAAAGAAUUCUGACAUUUUUCGCUCAUAAAUGGUAUAUUUAGUUUUUCGAUCUAAUUAGAUUAAUUAGACUAAUUAGAUCUUUCUACCACUUUGAUAACAAUGUCAGUUAAAAAUAUUAAGGAAUACUCGAAGAUCAGAGCACAUGCUAAAGUAUGAACCAAUUGUUAAUUCAAAGUGACAGUAUGGUUAACUAGUGGAUACCCUGUAUAGAAAAUGGAGAUAUCAGAUGUUGGAAGAAAAUAUCAUGAAAAGAAAUUGUUUGAACCAACGGUUUUUUAUAUCUUUGCUUCAAUAAGCUUGUGGAGUGAUGGUCUUAAAUCUGUUCAUGGGUGCACAGCUGUCUUGAGGUUGCGAAGUUUGAGAGUCUUGUAGCUGAACUAAAACUGUGUAUACCUGAUCUAGAAAUGUAUACAAGCGAGCAGCUUCAGACCCAUGCGGUCACAGCUGCUUGUGUUAAUCAAUCAAAAUCCUUGUUUCACUGCGCAGAGUAGGUUGACUAAUCUCAUGUUUUGACUAUAUUUGGUCAUGAAUGAUUGACAUCAAGUUCGUUGGCCUGACAAUUUUGGGUGGGUGGAACCGUAGGCACGCAUUUUUAUCGCAGUAUUUGUUUGUUAUUAUAACGCAAUAUGAGUUAAGUGCAGGUAGGAAUACCACUACCGCCACGGUACACCCAUCAAAGACAAAAUUUCCGGUUAAGAAUUUGUCAGUUAAGAGUGUGGCGUACUCUUAAGUGGAAAGACCUUGAAUAACCUUCAUAACGAUCAGGUGGCUUUUAUAUUAAAGGGUCACAUGACAGACUCUGUGUCAGAGUGUACAUGAAUUAGCCAGGUCAAGGAAUCUAGAAAGAACAGUAAAUAACAGAGCUGCCAUAUUGUAUUAUUCAGAACUGAAGAUGACAGAAGAACUGUCAAAACAUGUUUUUAAAGAGUUGAAUGUCCUUUAUAAAACAAUUAAGCUAAUCUUCACUUCAAGCCGGCAGUUCUUUACCGCAGACAAAAAAAACCUUAUCACUGGUAUCAAUGUUUCUGUUGAAUUUAUCAUAAAUUUGUCUCAAAAUCCUAACCACUUCAGUCUUUAAGUAUUUCCUAAAUUGUGGGAAGCAAAUACACGGUCGAUGGUGGCUACUAUUUUCAUACUAAUGAUGUUGCGAACAUUACAUUACCUGAGCAAAAAACCACGUUACUGAAGAGUUCAGAAUAAUGUUGUCGCACUUAGAAAACUAUGCGCUGCCAAGCCCACCAUACCCAGCGAAAGGCACCAAGUACUCUCGAUCUGCCUUUCUUGGUUCUCUAAUACACAAUCAAUCCUACUUGCAUUAAAUUUUACCUCAGUCUGUGGAACUCUGGUGAAUUUCUUCGACUCUUACAAUUUGAUUCUCUUUGAAUACUUUUUACUGACCUCUCCCUGAUUUGUGUCGCGCAUGCUACUAAAUGAACUAUGAAGUACAUGCUUAUAUAGUCACUAGAGAUAGACAUGUGUGGGCAUGCCAAUCAACUGGUCUCGAAUGGUUAUUUUAGACCACGACACGUCUACAAAGUAGACAAUGCCUCAAGCAUGGCGAAUCUCUUACGCGGGUCGCUUAAACGCAAAGAAUUCUGACAUUUUUCGCUUGUGAAUGGUAUAUUUAUUUUUUGUUUAAAUAAAGCUUUUUCACAAAAUAUUUAAUUGUAAUAUUUGUCUCGCCUCAUAGUCAUAGUUUUCGAUUAGCAAGUGGUAUUCUGUCAAACCUCAAAUGUGCAAACCGAUUUUGUAAUCUGAUCGCUAAGUAUUGUAUAAUAAUUUUUUUCUACCAUUUUGAUAAAAAUGUUAGAUAAAAAUAUUAGAGAAUACUCGAAGAUCAGAUUUCAAAAUACUUAAAAGUACAUUUUGGCUAAAGCUUUUUCUAGUUUCAGAAUACGCUGUCUCUAAAUGCCCUGCAACCAGGCGCGUUCUAAGAUAAAUAAAGGAGGUAAGUUUCUAAAGAAACUGGGGUGCUGCGUCGGUAGGAGAGUAUAUAUAUAUUUGCUCCAAACUACGACAUGCAUCAACUUUGACCGGCCUUCUCGAAAACCGGUCUUAAAUUACAUGCUAAAAAACGGUGAUUGCGUUUGUCCUUGAGCACCAUAGAAUACGCGACAAAUACGCACAAAAAAUACUUUUACAUAUUCAGAAUAAAUCAAAUUACAUUUUACUAAGGUGACAAAAAACAGGAACGGCCUAACUUUUACGGAAAGAUCAGUCAAAAUCUGCCGAUUUCUCCUACUUUCACCGCCAUAUUGAAAAUGAAGCUAACACAAUGCAAAGCAAUCGGAGUGCGCACACCAUCUAAUUUUCGCCAUAUUACGCAAAAACGAAAAUUCCGGAACACCCACACUUCUUCCUAGAAACCAUACAAAUGUAAUGUUAAGACACUUAAUAAAUUUACUUUCAAAGCUUAUUGAAGUAGAGACUUUUAAAGAUAUUUUCUUCCAAAAUCUGAUAUCUCCAUAUUCUAUACAGGGUAUCCACUAGUUAACCAUUCUGUCACUUUGAAUUAACAGUUGGUUCUUUCUUAGCGUGCGCUCAUGGCCGAUAAACGGGAGUUUUAGACAGCGACAGAGAAGUUGCUCGAGGCGUCGUUUCAAAACUUCCCACGGCACGCGCUCCAUAUCUCCAUUAACGCACGUAUGAACAAAUUGUUUUAAAACAACGUAAACGCAGUUGUUUGGAUAUUGUUUUCUUGCAGUUUAAAACUUUUGGGAAAAGACGGCGCUCCAUAAAUGUAAAAUAAAUCGAAUUUUUUACUAAAAAAUACUCUACGGAAAUAAAGGUUUAACAACUUGCUCUUAAACUAAAACAAAUAAUAGUUUUAGCCAAAAUGUACUUUUGAGUAUUUUAAAAUCUUAUCGCCAAGUAGUCUUUACUAUUUUUAUCCAACAUUUAGAUCAAUGGAGAAUGGAACCAUUAAGUGGCACUUUGAAAAAUUCUGACUGCCGGCCAUUUAGUCCGUGCCCGGCAAUCUGAUCAGAAGCGUACAAAGUGUCGACUGCCAGAUAUUUCGUCUAUUUUAGAACGAGACAGCGUAUUCUAAAACUAGAAAAAAUGAUAGUUUUAGCCAAAAUGUACUUUUAAGUAUUUUGAAAUCUGAUCUUCGAGUAUUCUCUAAUAUUUUUAUCUCACAUUUUUUAUAAAGAAAAACUAAAUAUACCAUUUAUGAGCGAAAAAAUUCAGAAUUCUCUCUCUAUGACAAAGGGCUAACGCUCGAAGCGUCAGCUUUUUCACCCUUUACGGUGACCCAUUUAAGUUUUCAACUCUGUUGUUAACACUAAAUUACUUGCGUUCUAAAAGAGACGAAAUGUCUGGCAGUCAGAAAAUUUUGACAGAAUUUCCACCGAAAGGUUCUUUCAAACUUGUUCAGAUUAUCAGAUGUUUAUUUUAAAAUGUCAAAGAUUAAUUUGGCUUUUAAGUGGACAAAUUCUCCGUGUUGUGCAGCCUAUAAUAUCGCCCGGUUGUCGACACUUUGUACGCUUCUGAUCAGAUUGCCGGGCACGGACCAAAUGGCCGGCAGUCAGAAUUUUUCAAAGUGCCACUAAAUGAUUCCAUUCUCCAUUGAUCUAAAUGUUAGAUAAAAAUAGUAAAGACUACUUGGCGAUAAGAUUUUAAAAUACUCAAAAGUACAUUUUGGCUAAAACUAUUAUUUGUUUUAGUUUAAGAGCAAGUUGUUAAACCUUUAUUUCCGUAGAGUAUUUUUUAGUAAAAAAUUCGAUUUAUUUUACAUUUAUGGAGCGCCGUCUUUUCCCAAAAGUUUUAAACUGCAAGAAAACAAUAUCCAAACAACUGCGUUUACGUUGUUUUAAAACAAUUUGUUCAUACGUGCGUUAAUGGAGAUAUGGAGCGCGUGCCGUGGGAAGUUUUGAAACGACGCCUCGAGCAACUUCUCUGUCGCUGUCUAAAACUCCCGUUUAUCGGCCAUGAGCGCACGCUAAGAAAGAACCAACUGUUAAUUCAAAGUGACAGAAUGGUUAACUAGUGGAUACCCUGUAUAGAAUAUGGAGAUAUCAGAUUUUGGAAGAAAAUAUCUUUAAAAGUCUCUACUUCAAUAAGCUUUGAAAGUAAAUUUAUUAAGUGUCUUAACAUUACAUUUGUAUGGUUUCUAGGAAGAAGUGUGGGUGUUCCGGAAUUUUCGUUUUUGCGUAAUAUGGCGAAAAUUAGAUGGUGUGCGCACUCCGAUUGCUUUGCAUUGUGUUAGCUUCAUUUUCAAUAUGGCGGUGAAAGUAGGAGAAAUCGGCAGAUUUUGACUGAUCUUUCCGUAAAAGUUAGGCCGUUCCUGUUUUUUGUCACCUUAGUGAAAUGUAAUUUGAUUUAUUCUGAAUAUGUAAAAGUAUUUUUUGUGCGUAUUUGUCGCGUAUUCUAUGGUGCUCAAGGACAAACGCAAUCAUCGUUUUUUUAGCGUGUAAUUUGAGACCGGUUUUCGAGAAGGCCGGUCAAAGUUGAUGCAUGUCGUGGUUUGGAGCCUUUCAAAGAUUUGGAUGGCCGCUUUGAUCCUUCUUCAACAGCUCUGACCAAACGCUCUCUAGCGGUACAUAUGUUUCUAGCAUUUUACGUGCUGGUGUUUGAGAUCGAUGAUUAGACCCUAAGGCCUGUUGUUGCGUUACACACCGUUACUGUUGUAUAAUCAAUUGUGUAGUAAAUCUCCUUUCCUAAGUAAAAGCAAAUUAACUAAUCGUAAGUGCUGUAUGGUAAAUCUACUAUGUUGAUCAUUGAAUGAAGGACAGUUGAAUAAGAGUAAUGAAAGGAGUCACUUGACCGAUGAAUGACUCUACAAUGCAUACGGCGACACGCUGGGUAAGCCGGAAAGCAAAAGGUAGUCGAUCGUUAAAAGGCGUUGAUAGACUUGUUCGACUCCUGCAAUUCGCUUGCAUUUUUAAAUCUUCUGACCUGAAAGCUUAGCUGUUAUCAGGAUAUCUUAAAAUGACUUUCGUUUGCCAUCUGUAUAUUCUUGAGGUUUGGCAAAGGCGGGUGAUAUUGUGUCUAAAAAGGUAAUGGUUUAAUGUAUGAGCGCUAUUUUUUUUUUGUUUUGUUUUGUUUUCAAGUGUACUGACUUAAGCCAGGUCUGGCCAAGAGAAUCACCGAUCGACCAGGAUUCGUUGAACAUUACUGUUAAAAUGUGCGGGAAUAGAAAAAUGGGAUCAGCAGAUCAGACAUGACCAUUAGUUUUUUAAGAUAAAAAGUUGGUGGGUUUCCUCGUACUCUUCGUCUUGUGCACAGUGAUGGUGAUGAAUGUAUUUCCAACUACCGUGGUACAAACAAACGCACGAUUCCGACACAAGGAAUCCUAUAAUAUUUAAUUAUCCUGAAAGACAAUGAUAACUUUAAUUUGGCAUUAUCCGCGACGACAUUCCGCUAACAUUUGAGGCGUGGCGUUGCCAUAUAAACGUUACAAAAUGAAAUAGAAACUAAACGAAGACAGAAAUAACUAAUUUGAAAUCAAAAGGAAAUUAAAAUACAAAUGAUAUAAAUCUAUUGUACCUGAAGAAUGAGCCUCGUGCAUGAAACAUAGCUAAACCUCAAAUGUCUUAUGGGUAUACGCUGACCGUGUAUCGAUACGAAAAUAGAAAACAAGUUAUUAAUUAAAAUCAAAUGCGAGCGAGUUACGUAAUGAAGUGCGAGCGCGUUUGAUUGAAAGUCUUACCUAUUUCAAAUUAAACAUCAUACAAUCUGUGAUAAGAUAUAAAUCAAUUAAAGCGGAUCAUACUUAACAUACUGAAACAACAUGUAUCAGCCACUAAGCAAAAGCUCUAGCGAUUUUUCCUGUUGUAGGAUUGAAAUAGUCCAAUGGCUGUAAGAAACUAUGAGUACCAUGUGAUAUUCCACUCAAGUUUGAAGACAUUUUUCCGUAUACGUCACACAGAUGAUUUAUAACCUUGCUAGUUAAAAAACGUUAUUCUCUGAGUGAGAUGAAUACUGUGCUAUUCGUGGGUACACACACACGAAAACUGGUUAAAUUUCACUGCAACUUGCUGGCGAAGAUGGAAAACAUUUUUCUUUGUGGGAGAACUGAAAAUAAAUCGAAAAAGACCACUUCAGAGGCUCAAGGGUAAAUUGGUAUUUGCAUCAAAGAGCGAUAGCAAUUACAGCUUCUGACAACAAACUCUGGCAGGGAUUGUCAUCAGCUUGAAGAAAUAUAUCAACAUGGCACAAUGCAACAGUAAUUUCUGAAAAAAGCUGAAGAAGGUAAAAGAUAGCCUUUGAGACAAUCAAGCCAUCCUUGACUCUAAAUUUAAUUACUCUUGUUUUUUCUAAGAGGUGAUUUUCUCAGACGCUAACAGUUGUAUUAUUUGGCUCAGCAAUUGACACAUACAGUAAUCUCUGAUCAGCCGGGGUCUUAACAAAGGUCCAAAAAAAAACAAAAGAAAUGAUGAUAAAAUGGUUCUGUUCUGCUUUCAUCGCGAAUUUUUUUUUGCGAGGAUUAUAAUUGGGUGUUUGAAAGUGUUAAAAUUGUGGAUUAUUUUUUUCGCAUGUAGUAAGGGUUUUAAAGUAAUUUUCCUUCUGCUUGAAUAUGGCAAGGGAUAUAAUUCAUUUAAACUAUACAUAGUGUGGCUAAUCUUGUUCAGCUAAUCUUGUAAGUUAUAUUUCCACAUGUCUAAUCAUCCUUGAUAAGCAAGAUGCUUUCAAAAAGGUAUAAACAAAACAAAAGAACGAAGGGUUAAUAGACCAUCUCAAAGGUUGUUUUGAAAGUAAUAUUGAGUAAUUGGGAAUGGAACUACUGAAAUUGUAAGUCAUUUUUCCCUGGUAGUAAAAGUUCGAGAUUAAUUAUCACAUUACUCGAAUAAGGAAGGCAGAAUAAUUCGAUAAAAUCCUGAAUGGUGUUGUAAGUCUUGGUUUAUAUCAUUUUUCCUAAAAAUUCUGAUCCAGGAGAAUGAUUUUCUGCAAUAAAGUACCUUAACUGCGACUCUUUCUUUGGCAUUUUUAUGAAAUUAGUGUUCCAAAAAUGCCAUCCAUUUUGAUUUGUGUUUCCUAUAAUCUCCGUUUCUUUGUCUCUCCUUUCAGCCCAUGAACCAACUAUGUCGGAAUGGAAACGACUUUUGGUAAAUCGUCCGAAAUUAAAGGAGGCUAACAAAUUUCCUUUCGCGCAAAGUAUCGCAACUUUCGAGACCUUCCAUGUAAAUUCCCGUGCUACAGUUCUUGGCGAUUUCGAUGUAUCACACAAUUGACGGCGACACACACAGACUGGGGAGUUCAGAGGAAGCUGAAUUCCAUUCUUCUAUUUUCGUUCAAAUCGAGAAAUGACCCCCUAUCUUUCAUAUAAAAAAGUAUCAAGGGAAGGACAUUUUGACUUUAUCCAUACUGUCCUUUCAUGUCCUCACUUAACAAAAUUUGCAAGUUUUUACUUUGUGGAGUCCUGCAAGCUGUGAAUCAAUCAAGUUUAUGCAUCAUUUUCUCAUAGCACAGGGUGUAUAUCGCAUUUGUUAUCACGGGAAGGUAAGAUCUGUUAUUAGAAGAUCAACAAAUGCGUUCGAACGAUCGAAAAGGUACUUUUGUUAAUUGUGGAAAUUCUGCAAAUAAACUUUGACAAGAUUGAUAUCUCUACAAAUACAUUGAUUUGUAUGAAUUCUAAACAGUUACUGGGAAAGAGGUACGAAACGAUGCCGGGGUGAAUUUAUUUGAGCAUGAUAUGCUUUCGUGUACCUUUCAGUUCGAUUUAGACUCUAAUUUUGAGUUCUUUCCUUUAAAUGGAUCAAUUUGUUUACGCAAAUUAAUAUUUUAGGAAGGGUCUCCCGAGAUCUCGCUGGCAUACAUAAAAUCCAAUUUUAAUUUCCAUAUUUUGUCUUCAACUAACUGAAUACAUCUAAUGAUUUUGAACUAAGUAGAAUUUGGAGAAUAACAACAUUUCAGACGCUGUGCUUCACAAAAUCGUUAAGUUUUUAUUUUGGAAAAAAUUCCUCACAGUUUAUGGCCAAAAAUUCAACUUUGAUCAAUACAAAUGUGUUUUAAACUCUUUUCAUGAGCAUGAACUUUCACUCUGUCCCAAUGGCCUAGAAAUUUCAUUAAAAUAUUCAGACAAGAAUACCUCAGAUAAAUCCAAUUGCGCCUACUGUCAUUCAUCAUAGUUUUUUUUUAUGUUGCCAAUUUCCGCGAGUGACGUUGUUGUGUAAACAAAGGCAUACAGUUGAAGUUGAUGACUUUAGCUUUCAGCCAAUUAUGAUAUAGCGUGUAGGAGAUCAAUUCCAGGCUCGUAUAAGCGACUUUUGUAUUAACUAAUUGAAAUUUUAACGGCAUAAAUUUACAUGGAAAGGGAUAUGGGACUAGAAAUCUAUCCAGAUGUCACAAGACAGGUGAGAAUUAGCUUACCACUAUUUUAAUUCCAACCUUAGUCUGUUGACACGAGUAUUUAUCGUUAAUUCUGACAUACGCCAACAUCGGUUAGUCGAAUCGAUCAGGAAAACCAGUAUCUCCUGGAUCUACUGCAAAGAAAAAAGGUUGGUUUACCCUAAAUGUCAAUUCAAGCUUAGUUCCCUAGCUUUCUUUUUACUGAUUGUGUUUGCAUCGCAGGGGUCAGAUUAAGAACGUUUCUCAAUUUUGAAAGCGUUAUACACGUCUGUUCUUAUUAACGUGCAUCGCGGAGGUAGACGAUGUAUUUCUACUGCAAUUAGAACUAUGAUAACAGACUGUGAGAUGGAUUUGAACUAACAUACAAUUUCUGCAAUCACAUGAGCAAAACUAAGCUCUACGUUAGUUGUCUAAUAUAUCAAACCUCCUCCUGGUCAUGAUACAUGUUUUUUCAAUCAAAGUGAUGGGAUUCAAAUGAUAAACAGAGUUGCAGCUAUAUGAAUAGAAAGUUUCAGUGUAUUCACUUCAGUGACAAUAUGGAAUAUUGCUCUGAUAACAAUCGAAGACCAGAAACGUGGAUCUUCUUUAAUUUCUUCGACGAUUUGAAAAAUUGAAGUUGGCAAUUUUAUGCAGUGCGAACCUUGUGCUCUUCGCACAAACAAGGGAGGCACACAAAAUAAUAACAAAUUUCAUUUGACCUGCGGAUGAAAAUGACAAUCGAACACAAAUCCAGGUAACUAAAAUAUCUCUGAGAUUCAUUUGCUAAUAACACAUACAGAGGAAAUAAUCACAAAUGAAACCAUCAAAGCGGCAACAGAGUUAGAAGCUUGUGCAAAGAAUAGAUGAUUAGUUUAGUUUAGUUGAUGUACGUGAUCAGAAGGAACAAAGUUUUCGGCAUGGAUUUGUUCAAACCUGUCAUGCCUAUUCCUCGCCAUAUUUUGUGGGUCAAUUUUAUACAAAUUUUCCUUAGAUCAGCCUUACUAACGGCUAAACGGAAGUCGCCUAUUAACAAGUCGAUCUCUUCGAGUUAUGAUUAAAAUGAAUUUAAUUAAUAUCUACAGCGGCUGCGAUGUCAAGUGUAAAUAAAAAAUAAAAAUAAAAGUGCAAAGAUAUAUUCCUUGCUACUACUGACACUUGAUAUUAUUUAUUUCAAUUAUUAUUUAUUUCAAUUAUAAUUUAUUUUAAUCUUUAGAAAAGAUUUCAACGUGCUUUCCGGCAGAGUUAAUGUUCACUGUCAGUCUCGUUGUUUACUUUCUCUACUUUAGUAUGUAAUGUUUACCACUGUAGAUCAAGGUAAGCCAUGGUAAGCCAAGCCAAGCCUACUAAAUUGUACGAGCCUGGAAUUCACGGAUGUCUUGGAUGGGUAAUCUUGAAAAUCUUUCCUGACCUAUCAAGGAAUUAGAAAUAAUUUAAUAGGUAUAUUCAAAUGAUAGUCACAAGACAUGUCAGCAGUGAAUGAUAAAAAUGUAUAAUAACGAUAAUGCAGCCAAACGAAGGCUGACUCUUAGGUCUCCCAGUUUGCCGCUCUUUCCCCGGUGUCCAAUCAAUGAACUCAAAUCCUUGCAUUGGUGAUCACAAAAACAUGAGGGAGCCGAAACUUCUCACGUUAUUCUCAAUAGAGUACACGAAAAUUUAACUCAGGUUUUGAAAAUCUGAGGUUCGAACAUUUCUUGAGAGGUCUGCUUUUCAGCUCUGUCACUAAAAUGUUUAUCUUUAUCACGAAGGAACACAGAAAAAUAAUUUUUUGUUUUAUUGACUAGCACGUGUGUGUGGAUACAAAGUGUGAUGCAGCCAUGAAAAAAGGUAUGUGCGGAUGGUGGAACGAGAAGGCCUAACAUCACGACCAAACUUUAUCAUCUUGUUAAAAUAACCGUAUUUUCUUACUUAUGCGCUCCGCUAUAACUCUUAAAAAAUAAAACAAAUGUAUUUUUUAGCGCCGGGAUUUAUGUUGACGAUAUUUGAUACCGUUAAAAAACGUUGUUUUAACUCCAUGUAAAUCAUCAUUUGUGAAUCCGAUACAAUAUUUUGAUAUUUAAAAACUGUUCUAUGAAAUUAUCAUAUUUCAUGAACCAGAAAAUGAAAUGAAAUGGAAUUUACAAUUCCAAGGACCCUCUCAUUCUAUCCAAAAAAAUGAAGAGUUUUCAAUGAAGUCAGCAAUGAUAACUACUGUUCGCGAUCCAGAGGACGUAUGUUGCCCCUUUGCAGCAAUAAACGCUGUGGUCCCAUCAUAGCUGUUUUUUUAAUUUCACACAGGGCUCCACCGGUUGCAUAGCAUUCCCGGAGAAUAUACGACUCAUUAUCAGACUAAUGAAGGGCUAACGCUCGAAACGUCAGCUUUUGAACUCUUUACGGUGGCCAAUUUAUAAUUUCAACUUAGUUGAUAUUACCAGAAACAGAACAGUUUGUAAUUACAUUUAUAACGACGAUUACUAACAAUUUAGGUUUAUUCAUAAAAACAUUGGGUUGUUAUGUACUCCCAUGUAGGAUAGAAGAUAUAUUUGUAUCUGGUGUAAAUAUUAUCUGCGUGUGCUAGGCUAGCUUUUUGUAUUUCCAAUGGUAGAAAAUUUACCCGAUCAAAUCUGUUGAACUCACCGAUCAUUUUUUUCUUAAUUAAUAACAAGUUGUGAGGAAACAAAGUCUUUGUUUAUUGAGUAACAACAAUUGGCGCUAACCGCACGGCUCCUAAAAUUCAACAACGCUCAGUAAAUUAAGGCAUUUCUUGUAACAUCUGUAUGGAUAAGGAACGACUCAACUGAAAGAUCUGACUGGCAAAUUAGCUACCGUAAAAAAAUUGGCAGACCGUACAUCUGACGGUGGGAAAUUCACCAAUUCAAAUGGGUUGAUCUCACCAACCUUCCUUCCUAAUUAAAAAAGAGUUAUGAAGAAACAAAGUCUUUGUUUAUUGAUUCACCGCAAUAUCGUAUGGCCCCCAAAAUACAAUAACGCGCAAUAGAUUGAGGCGGUUUUUUUUGUAACAUCCGUUUACAGGAUUUUUCAGCUAUGAUUCACUUACAUAGGAAAGUAAACUGAGGUUAACGAAUGUGUAGUUAUAUUCUCUCCAAUGCUAGAGGCGACACGUGUUGGAAUAAAGGAGAAACUACAACAAUACGUCUUUCUUUGUGCUGCCCACUAGUCUUCGUUAAGAAAAAAACUAUUUUUGAUUCAUGUUAUGCAGGGCAAGGUUUUUAUUCGUUUUACUUUGUUUUUUUUAUGUUUUUUGUUUUUUUUAAAAUUCAAAUUCGUGUCAGACUGGGUUGGUGCGAGGCUGCGUGUCGGCUUUUAUUUGGUGUGGGAUGCCUUUGAUCUGUAACCAAACCGGUUAGACCGUCUGCGACAGUGGGACAAGGGUGUUCAGAUAACGGGGAAAAAUGCAUUUGUCAAAUCAUUUAUUAUCAGGUGAAACACAGCGCAGCAAACGAACAAAUCGAGCUUACUCAUACUGAAGAGGGGGAAAUUGACGAGUGUGUUUCCCAAAAUUCUUAAAAAAACAUAUUUGACUUAAAAAACCUAAACAUUUUUUGUAUCGCUUUCAAUAUUUGUCCUCGUAGCUAUCUUUCCUUCCAUAACGUUAUUAUCUUUAACAUUUUUCCUGUAAGUGUACUUCUGUUUCCCAGAGGUAUUUUUCAAAUGUAAAUAACUAAACUAAACUGGAGGCUGACUGAAAACUCAAAAGUUAGUUAGCUUCCAGACUCUUUAUUUUUUCAAUUCCUCACUCGUUACUAACCCUAAAAUACAACAACGCUUUGACAUCACCGGCACGCUUCUAUCUUAACAACUGCGUGAAGAGAUCUUUUCCAGUUAAGUAAUGUUCCAGAUAGGAGCUAAGAGAGGUAUUACAUACAGCAAAAAAAGCGGAAGAUCUCAAUGAAAAAGUACUGAAAAUGUUUUCCAUUCAAAAAUACUUCUUAAAUUUCAUUGUUAGUUUGUUCUGUGCUUAUCACAUUGUCUUUUGUUCUAGUGCAUAAACGAUUUCCAUUUUUUGCGUUAUUAUUUGCGACCUCGAUACCUCUCCUAGUUAAUAAAUGGAAAAUUACUUGUCUUCUUUUAAAAGAUAAUAUGUCAAGACAAACUUGACAAUCAUAAUAUCUUCUGGGUCCAUGUGAUCCAGUUCACAGCGCGGGAUAUUUGCUUCUACUUCCCCCUCCUUUAUCUCCUUCGCCGGGAAAGGGAAAACCUUCUCCUCGCAGGAAUCAGGCAUCAAUACUAUUCUGUAGACAUAAAGCGUAAAGUCAUUAAUGAUCUGUGGUGAAUCAUGAUAAAGUUGAUUUUCUUUUUAACAGUUUUUAGGUUCGGAGACAUGGUUUUAGAUUUCCUCACUUCUGUAUGGAAAAAUUACGAUAUUGAUAGUCGUCGUAAAAUACGCCAGCUAAAUGUAAGUACUUUGGCUUAUCAGCAGCGAUCAUUUAUCCUCUGUACUGCGUUCCAGAGCGAGAAUCUAUCCUUAAUUAUAAAGACGAGUCCCUAACCUCGUUCCUACUACCACUGCCGUCACUGCGGACACCAGUUCCAAGGAAAGUCCUGCAAAUCGUAUAUGCGCCCUCCACCUGUUCCCAUUCGGGCACCUGUACUCAGUGCUGAAUAGGUGUGACCCCUUCACGUUAUUCCAUUUCUCUCCCCUCCAGCGGAAGGAGAACACUCCUCUUUCUUCCAAAAUCCAUCUCCGUUUGGCUCUCUGAAAUGAAACCGAAUGUUCAGUUCAUGUUCAUGUGAUAUCUUUUCUCAUUAUUUUUAUAAUUCUAGCGUCUCACCUUGAAAUGCAUCAGGCCCCGCAGACGCUGGACCUCCCCUUCCUGCAGAACACUGUGGGUGGCGGCUGCAUUUGUCGAGUGCUGUGGCAUGUUCUUCUGCUUUAUUACGGCAGUGCAGCCAGUCACCGCACAGCGGACCGCUCUUUCUGAUCACUCGCUUAAAUGCACUGUUGAGUGGAGCCCUGUAAAAUAAUCAAAAUAAGGACCAGGGAUGAGCUGGCUAGUGAAACUUUUGGAUAUUUUGUUGGCCUUAAAAAAAACCAUUUGACUGUUGAUUUCUUAAUUAAACCGACAAUAUCUUACCGUGGAAGGCUUGUUCCGCAGCUUAGUGGGCAUAGUACCCUCUUAUUUGAGCAAAGGGAAGCAGUAUGCUCCUCGAAAGAUUCCAUUGUAAUUUUUCUACCGCACUGCUGGCAAGGGAGUUUGUGCUUUGCACAUUGCGCAGUGUGUGCUGCCAUCCUUUCCCUUGCCACCAUCUCUCUACAGCCAUCAUUGGCACACGCCGUUUGAAAUUUUCCACACGUUUUCAAGUGCUGCUCGUGCUCAUGAAAUUUUCCUUUCCAUAGACAGCCGCUCCAUGAGGGGACGCAAAUCGUCUGUACUGUAAGUAUCCCGGAGAGUCCCCUACAUUUUCUUAGACUUUUAGUCUAAGAAAAUGUAUAGGGACUGUAAGGUGUCAUAAUCCUGUUACUGCUGACAUCAAGGCGCGAUAUAAGUUAAGUGCAAGAAGGAACACCACUGCCGCCACGGUGCACACCAUCAAAGUAGGAAUUUGUCAGUUAAGAGUGUGGCGUUCUCUGAAGUGAAGAGACCCUGAAUAACCUUCAUAACGUUAAUUUAUGCGAUGUUCAGGUGGCUUUCAUAUUAACGGGUCACGUGACAGACUGUGUCAGGCGUACAUGAAUUAGCCAGAUCAAGGAAUCUAGAAAGAACUGUAAAUAACAGAGCUGCCACUUGUUACGCCCUUAUGUCAAGAAUCGUUUAAAAGUUAUGCUGGUCAUAAUUCCAAGUUUAUCCAGAGAAUCUUUUAAAACAUUUGCAGAGAAAGCUUGCAAAAUUGGAUGCAAAUCCUAGUUCUGAUAACUCGAACACUUUUUCGUGGGAUUCCGUCAUUCAUGUACACCGUAGGGUAUAUCCCCAGAUGCCUUUAGAAGAUAACAGCAUAAAUCUGACAUAUGUUGAAAGGCCAAAUUUUGUUUUUCUAACACACAUUUCAGUUGUCUUUGUAAGUGACUUCUUCUUUCUUUAAUACAUCUAGGAAUUUUCCAACGUUAACGUUGGAAGCAUAUUUUUGGAGAGCGUAGAUUUAUUUCAAGCUUACGAAAUUUUACUAUUCAAAACAGGUUAAGUGUCCUCGUAUAUCCAACGUUUUAUUAACACGACACAAAUAUCAAUUCUGCACUUACCGUAUUUCUUCACCUAUAAGCCGAGCGAUUUUUUCAGUAUUUGACACGAAAGUUUAGUAGAUUUUUCCAAGAGAAACAAGGUUCAGCUUAUAGCCAAGGGUUUGGAAUUCAAAAACAAAGUCUAAUUGCAAACGAAAUGACGGUAAAUUCUCUGACUGUAGCGCUCUUUAAGUGACAUGCUUUAAAAUUGCCAUGACAACAACGUAUUUCUGACCACCAAUCAGACUCUUUGCUUCCCACGCAUUGAAAGACGAUCUCACUCAACUCAGCAAAACUCUUCUCAUUUCGCAUUCGACAUGAAAUAUUUUGGUCUCUCCGCUGUGAAAACCACUCCAUCACUUGCUCGUCUAUAGUUCGGAGUUCUUGGGAGUGAAACGGCCCAUUUUUGCACCUUUUGCAGUCAUCUUAAGCUCACCAGAAAGAAUAGUCACCUGGUCUCUUCUCCAGCGUUGCACCAUGGACUCGCUAAGUCCUUAAUCUCAAGCGACUUUUGAGUUUUUUCCUCAGCUUCCACGAUAACUUUUAUAUUGAAAGCCAUAGUAUAUGAAGAGCGGCGUGCUUUUGGUAUGAUGAGAAAAAAAAAUAGCAACGAAAGAGAUACUCAAUUGAAACGUUUGUCAGGUUACAGUAACUGAGAUUGUUGUUGUGUUUCUGCAGUCGCGUGGUAGUAUUUACAUCUUCGCUGGUUAGCUUUUUUUCUUUUGUGUUUAUUUCAAUUCAUUAGCUUUUGUUUUCAGUGAGCCAUUUCCCAAUGUUUUCCGCGAGGUUCACUCACUCAAAUGACUGGUUUCAAUCAAGAAUUUCGCUUUCGGCUUAUAGCCAAUGGGUUUUCUUUUUUUUUUUGGACAACACAAGUCUGUUGUAAGGUAUCUAACUUUUAGGGUCUCGCCUUAUAGCCGAGAUCGCCUUAUAAGUGAAGAAAUACGGUACAAAGGCAUUUCAAUCUGGUUGUGAGAUUUCUUUCAUUUAUAAGACCGCUGUAUCUGCAUUGCUGUAAUCCCUUUGGAAGAAAAAAGAGCUGCUAAGAAUAUUCCUAAAUGUGUUUUGUAACUUGACCUUCGCAGAGUAAAAUUUCAAUAUUUCACAAGUACUUUACUAUUUUUUUACAGAGUACGGUUAGCCCAGAAUCGAUUUGUCUCCUAUUUUCUCGUAAGAUUUAAUCAUUUUAUUUGCUUAUUGUUUAUUUUAAGAUGACAUGUCGUGA